AAGUCCGAUCACUGCUCGCAAAAACAAGGCAAAGAAGAAGCAGUGCAGCAUUCACACAGAACACAAUAAACAGCUGUCAAAUUCCAGAAGUCAAGUACAUAAAAAGGACACGAAAAAUACUGCAUUUAUCCUUUAUAAAUAUUUAGAAAAUAAAAUAUAUAUAUCAGAUCACAUUAGUAAACCUUAUUCCACAUGGCGCACUACAAGGGGGCCGCCAGCGAAGCGGGCCGUGCGGCGCAAUUGAUGAAAAAACGUGAGAUUGCCCAGCAGGAGAUUGAGUUUCGCAAGAAGAAAAUCGAGGAGGAGUUAAAGCUAGACAAGAUUGAAAACAAGUUCGCCGCACAUUAUGACGCCGUGGAACAGCAACUCAAGAGCUCGACCAUUGGUUUGGUCACUUUGGAUGAAAUGAAAGCAAAACAAGAAGAUAUUGUAAGGGAACGUGAAAAAAAGUUAGCGCAGAAAAAAGAUGAGAAAGAACGUGAAAAACAGCGUGCUCUGGAAGCUAUACAGGCGGAGAAAAACAAACAAAAGCGUCAAAUACAAGCUCUCUCCUUCAGCUUCAAUGAUGGUGAAGAAGACGGUGAGGACGAGAACGAACCGGAGGACGCAGACGACAAUGAAGUUAAAGAAGAGGAUACUCCACCCAAGAAAAAGUGGACAGACCUCAGCGACGAUAACGCACCACCAAAAAAAAAGAAAAUUUUUAAAAAUCCGGAAGUAGAUACAUCUUUUCUGCCGGACCGUGAGCGCGAGGAGCAAGAAAAUCGACUACGUGAACAACUGCGACAAGAAUGGGUGAUGCAACAAGCAGCAUUAAAAGAUCAAGAAAUAACCAUUACUUUCAGUUACUGGGAUGGUUCGGGCCAUAGACGCAGUGUUGUAAUGAAGAAGGGUAACUCAAUAUAUCAAUUUCUACAACGCUGCCUUGAAUUACUGCGAAAAGAGUUUAAUGAACUAAAAACAGUUAUGGCAGAUCAAUUAAUGUAUGUGAAAGAAGAUUUAAUUCUUCCACAUCAUUAUUCAUUUUACGAUUUCAUUGUAACGAAGGCUCGGGGUAAAAGUGGUCCUCUAUUUCAAUUUGAUGUACAUGAUGAUGUACGAAUGAUUAGCGAUGCAACUGUGGAAAAGGAAGAGUCACAUGCGGGCAAAGUGCUGUUACGUUCUUGGUACGAACGAAAUAAACACAUUUUUCCAGCUAGCCGUUGGGAGCCUUAUGACCCAACGAAGUCAUACGAUAAGUAUACCAUAAAAGAUAAGAGCAAAAAAUCAUGAAUGGAACCUAAUUCUAGAAUUUAAAAGACUACUUAUCGUAUCGGUAUAUCUACGAACUGACUGACAAGUCCUGAGGUUUAUAAAAUAACCGCUGCACCCGACAGCAUACCUAAUAGCCAUAAACCAGUGGCAGAUCCAGGGAGGGAAAAUUGGGAAAUUUCGCUAACUCUUUGAUGUUUGCAUAUGACGUUUAACUUUUUUCUGCUGUACAUUCAGCCUCAUUUCGUAAGUCGUAACUUAGGCUAAAUUGUACGACUCGUACUGAAAUAAGUAAACGACCAAAAUCGUCGAAAACUAUACAGUG